AUGUUCCGCCUCUUCAAACCACUCCGAAUGGCCGAAAACGCAGCAAAGAGACUCAAGAUGUCGCCCGUUACUAUUGGCACCCACAAUGGCCACUUCCACGCCGAUGAGGCCUUGGCUGUGCACAUGCUGCGCCUGCUGCCCACAUACAAGGACUCCCAACUGGUACGGACUCGCGACCCCAAGGUUCUCGAGACCUGCCAUACCGUUGUCGAUGUUGGUGGCGAGUACGAUGAUGUGAAGAAGCGUUACGAUCACCACCAGCGUGGCUUCACCACCACUUUCCCCGGCAAAGCCACCAAGCUCUCCAGCGCCGGCCUCGUCUUCAUGCACUUCGGCAAAGCCAUCAUCGCUCAGAAGCUCAGCGAGGGUGCCGAGACCCCGGUCACUGAAGACAACCCCGAGGUUGAGCUGCUGUACAAUAAGCUGUACGAGAGCUUCGUUGAGGCGCUCGACGCCCACGAUAACGGCAUUUCUGUCUACGACCCCAAGGCUGUUGCUGCCGCGGGUCUCGAGAAGCGCUUCAGUGAGGGCGCCUUCACCCUCGGUGCCAUUGUUGGCCGCCUGAACCCCAAGUGGAAUGACCCUGUCCCCGCGGACCCGGUCGAGGCUCAGCGUCUGGAGGACGAGCGCUUCGUCAAGGCAAGUCGCCGCAUCGGUGAGGAGUUCGACGCCGACCUCGACUACUAUGCCAAGGCAUGGCUGCCAGCCCGCGCCGUUGUGCAGGCCGCGUUCGAGAAGCGCACCCAGUACGACCCCCAGGGCCGUGUGCUGGUGCUCGAGGGCCAGAGUGCUCCUUGGAAGGACCACCUCUACUCCCUCGAGGGCGGCAACCCCUCUGUCGUGUACGUUCUGUACCCGGAGAAGCCUGCCCCCGAUGCGAAGUGGCGUGUGCAGGCGGUCCCUGUCACCAAGGACUCAUUCGAAAGUCGCAAGCCGCUGCCCGAGGCCUGGCGCGGUUUCAGAGACGAGGAGUUGGAUGGCAUCUCUGGUAUCCCAGGCUGCGUCUUCGUCCACGCCGCUGGAUUUAUUGGUGGAAACAAGACUUUUGAGGGCGCAAAGGAUAUGGCCAUUAAGGCUCUUGAUCUGUGA